AUGGAAUUUCUAAACGCAAAUCCUAUACUUCCAGCACCGGGAGUGUGCAGGAACCCAGCCAUCAACGCUGAAGCUAGUCCCCUUGUGAACUCAGGGAGACUGAAUGAAGACGCAUCCACAAACCGCCCCAGACGGAGGGAUUCGUCCGAGAACAGCAGAAGUGGAGAGGCACUACUGCGUUGUAGGUCCUUGCUUCGGAUGGGGACCUUUAACGCCAACAYUCUGAGGGCAGUAAGCAGAGUCGCUGAAUGCGAACAGCAAAGAAACGAUGCCAACAUUGACAUACUCGGGGUACAAGAGCACCGAAUCAUCCUUCCCGACCCCAACAACAUUGAGUGCAGGACAAUUGGCUCCAGCAACUUCAUCAUCUCAUCUGGCUGGAGAAAUGAAGCUCAGGCUGCACAAUGA